CCACAAUAAUACAACACUGGUAAGCUAGCUCAGCUCUCUCUCCCCCCUCCCCUCGCCCCAACGCGCCUGGCUCUCUCGGUAUGGCGGACGGCGAGAGGUCCCCGCUCCUGUCGGAUCUGGGAGAUGCUGCUCUCGGCAGCGGCAACGGCGGUCUCUCUCCCGGCGCGGCGCCCUACAGUGUGGCCGGCAAGCCGCAGAGCUUCCCACCGUUUCCCAGCCCCACUCAGCCCUCGGUGCUCUUCGGGGAAGACCCACCACCGUACUCCCCUCUGACCUCACCGGAGAGCGGCAGCGCCCCCGUCAUUAGCUGUAGGGUGUGCCAGAGUCUGAUCUCGGUGGAGGGGAAAAUCCACCAGCAUGUGGUCAAGUGUGGCGUCUGCAAUGAAGCCACGCCCAUUAAGAACGCUCCGGCAGGGAAGAAAUAUGUCCGCUGUCCCUGCAACUGUCUCCUCAUCUGCAAAGUCACCUCCCAGAGGAUUGCUUGUCCUCGACCAUACUGUAAGCGGAUAAUCAACCUGGGUCCGGUUCAUCCUGGACCGGCCAGUCCAGACCCCCAGCCGGCGGGGGCCCGGGUCUCCUGCGGACACUGCAGCAACACCUUUUUGUGGACCGAGUUCACGGACCGCACGCUGGCCCGUUGCCCACACUGCAGGAAAGUCUCCUCCAUUGGUCAGAGGUACCCGAGGAGGCGGAGCUUGUGGUGUUUUCUUCUCUGCUUGCUGUUCAGCAUUUCCACUGCUGGCCUGAUUGCGGGUACGUGGCUCCAGGUGCAGGCCUACCCGGGUAUCUACGCCUCGUGGGCCAUACUGCUGCUCCUGGUGGUGGUGACGCUGGCGCGGGCCUUCUACUGGGCCUGCAUGCGAGUCAGCCAGCCUCUCCAGAGCUUCACAUAGACGCCCCCCCCAUCCACCCACCCUUCCGGUCCCUCCAAACCUCUUUUCCUCCAAUCCAAAUCUGAAGCGCCCUCUUCCCAAACGGUCGAGGUUGGAGGAUAAAUGGCUUUAAAAACAAGCGUCAGCUGAAGAUAACACAAAUAUUUAUUUCAUCAGUUCAACUCAUUGUAGUCGCACGUUGACUUCCUGUCUUGACUUAUAAGGUUAUUUAUUCUAAUCCCGUGGCCCCGCCCCCUUAACGUGUGACCUCUGUUACAGCCACUCUAUCAUUUCAUCGCGUAGAAGCAUUUAACAUUUAUAAACCAGCAAGGAAGCAAAUCAACGUUAGCGGCCGGAGGGACGUCAUCCACCCAAUCCCCCCUCCCCACCCUCCUUCCCCGUGAAUCUCACAAGGAUGAAGGAAAUGUUUGAAAUGAGAAGUUUUGAUGCAUGUGAAUUUUCCUCCCCCCGGGGAUCGGCUUUGAUAUGAGGCCGCCUGAACGCCUUAAAAGCGACGGUAAUGGAAGGGAAUUUAGCAUCCGUGCGCACGCUGUAAACAAAAAAAUGUCUUUGAAGCAUCCGCACUACCGCUUUAAUUCCAGCGAUCUCAGUUGCUCUAUUGUUCCGUAUUAUCCUCGUAACGCUCUACCAGGGGGGUGUCCAAAAUUUCGGAUUGGUGGGGAGGACUUUUAUUCACAUUUGUGUUUAUAAAACAUUCUACAAGCAAUCUAGCGUAGGUCAAGAUAUGCUAAGCAAUUCAUACGUAAUGUUUUUUUCCUCAUUUAAAUGUAAUGAAUUAACAUCCUUAAGAAAAAAUAUUAUACAAAUAAUAUAUAGGCCAAUCAUUUUUUGUUUAGUUGAGUUUUUUUGGACGAGUUCAAAUAUAAUAAUAAUUGAAAAAACAUAAUUCCUGGAUAAUGUGAUUACCAAAUCGGUCACCAAAAGCAAGCUACGAAACGCAAAUGGCCCCCGGGGGUUGGACGAAGCAAAACCACUCAUGUUUUUAACACGUUUUGGAUUUACUGUAAUAUGAUCACAUUGCACGGCGGUCGAGUGGUUAGCGUGCAGACCUCACAGCUAGUAGACCAGGGUUCAAUUCCACCCUCGGCCAUCUCUGUGUGGAGUUUGUUCUCCCAGUGCAUGUGUGGGUUUUCUCCGGUUACUCCGGUUUCCUCCCACAUUCCAUAAAAAACAUGCUAGGUUAAUUAGCGACUCCAAAUUGUCCAUAGGUAUGAAUGUGAGUGUGAAUGGUUGUUUGUCUAUAUGUGCCUUGUGAUUGGCUGGCCACCAGUCCAGGGUGUACCCCGCCUCUCGUCCGAAGACAGCUGGGAUAGGCUCCAGCACCCCCCGCGACCCUCGUGAGGAAAAAGCAGUAUAGAAUGAAUGAAUGAAUGAAUGAAUGAUCACAUUGCUUUGCAAAGCAUCAAAGAAAACCAAUCCCUGUUUUCUGUGAAUGUACCAAUAGGCCCCGCCCACAGGGGGUGGGGCUUCCCUAUUAGUUGCUUGCGCAAGGUGGGAGGAGCUUUCCUUUCCAGAAAAAGGAGGGUUUUCAAUGCUCACUUUUCCGCUUAAGGUGACUUUAGUGUCGUGAAGGAUGGAUCGCCAUGGCAACCAAGAACAUAAUAGCAGAAGAACCUUUGGACCUCAGUGUGAUUAGUGAAAUAAUUGCCGCUUCAUGUUCAGCUGGGUUCUGUUAAGCCCCUCCCCUAAUGACAUCCUGGAUUGUUUACUUUUGCGAUGCAAGCUUCCGUGAUCGCGGGCAUUUUUAAAAAAAAUUUUUUGCUGUGUAAAUAAUGAUUUUUUUGUUGGCGUGACAGGAAGUGAUUAAUACAAUUAUGUUGCACUCGGAGCGAGGGGGUUAAAAAAAAACACUAAAGUGGUGAUCGUUUUUACUUCUGUUACAUAUUUAAUGAUUUAUGAGCUACUAACCUGAUGAGCCUGAACACACACACACACUCUCACACACAGACACACACACAGAGCACCUUACACUGCAGUGUCAUACUGCAUCCACUAGGUGAUGUUACGACACGGGCGAGGUUGCACGUUAUUUAUUGUUCCGCUCUGGCGAGGAGUCAAAUUUGAAGGCGACAUUGUUAUCAUGCUAGGAAAAAGCCUUAAUGUUUUACUGUUAUCAAUCAUAGAUGAUUUUGUUUUUUUCUUUUAUUUUCUGAAAUCAGUGCAGUUAUCUCAAUGGUGUUUUAAUAAACCAGUCAAUUGUGUAUCCGUGGCGAUGGUGUUUUAUGAAGGAUGUUCAUGAAUCGAGAGAGGCCGACUGACGCUCUUCUCAGAGUGUGUUUACACGCAAAUAAAGAUGUGACCACGUGGAAAACA